AAAAAUUUGUUCAUACAAAUAUCACACUAGUAAUUUAAUGCAAUUGAAAAAAGUUACAGUAAUUUCGACAAUUUGCUGCGAAAAAAUACGAAAAAGGUACAGCAAGCGCGUAGUGAAAAUUAGUAAAAUGAAAAAGGAAAUACGAGAAAUGGAAAAUGGUCGGAAGACCAUAGCUCUUAAAAAGCUAUGUGAACAUUAAGAGAAGAACGCAUUUAUUAGUCCAAUAACAAUGGUUAAACUAAAUCGACAACAAAUAGUCGCAUCAAAAAGAACGUGACAACAAUAUAAAUAAAAAUAAGUUAAAUAGACAAGUAAAAAGUCACAAUACGAAAAAAAAGAGAAGAGCUACUUUAUUGAGCACAAAUAUAAUAGAUUGCCAAACAAGUGCCGAACAGUGCUCAUCAAAAAACGAAAUUUCAAUAAAACACCUUGAAAAUAAAACCAAAUUCAAUAAGCAGACAAAGUGUGAAUUAACUGGAAGUUAUUAGGUAAAAUAAAAAUAAGGGUAUCUUUCUCUGGUACCUUUAUAAUACCGAAUAUGGGAGAAAAACGAAUAUUAUGGGCCACUUUCGGCCUAUUGAUACUUGCCACACAAUGGCUGACCGUGAUUAGCUCCACAAUUGACAAACACUCAGGGGAAUCGUUCGAUAAUACGAAAACAUCAAAUACCGAUCAAUACAACGACAGCGAUCUUCUAAGUAAUGAACUGACACCUUUAUUUGAUGAUAUUUCUGAUGACGAUUUGAGCACUGAGAGUGAGGAGAAUGACAUUGAUUGGGAUGUAUUGAUCUUUACUCAACAGUGGCCCGUCACUACGUGCUACCACUGGCGGGAAGAGGACAAGAAUCACGCAUGCAUUUUGCCUAAUAAGAAAGAAUUUUGGACUAUACAUGGUGUGUGGCCAACAAAAUUGGGUCAUAUGGGUCCCAGUUUUUGCAAUAAAACUGCUGAUUUUGACUUGGACCAGCUAGACCAGAUCCUAACAAAUCUAAAGACAUAUUGGCCAACAAUUGACGGCGAGCAAAAAUUAGGUUAUUUUUGGAAGCACGAAUGGUUAAAACAUGGCACUUGUGCUGCAUCAUUGGAAGAGCUGGACAGCGAGUUGAAAUAUUUUAAACAAGGGUUAGCAUGGCGCGAGCAGUUCUUAAUGUCUAACAUAUUGGGAAAUGCAGGUAUACAUCCGGAUUCAAAUAACACAGUAGUUGCUUUGCAAACAGCUCUACUAAAGAUAUUGGGAAAGAACCCAUUCAUACAUUGUGUAUAUGACAACAAACGGGAUGUGAGUUACCUCGAAGAAAUACGUAUUUGUUUUACUAAACAGUUCGAGCUUACCGACUGCGACGGCGUGCUGCCAGGCGAUGCUGUUUCAAUAAAUUAUCCGGGAGGAACAGUCAUCACCAAUUGUCAUAUAUCAAAACCUAUACACUAUCCCAGCAAUGUGCCGCCAUUGCUAAGAAAGCGAGAAGAGCAUUGGAAAUUUCCUGUGGUAAAUACUUACAAGUUAUUACAGUUCAUUAUGUGGUUUACGCUGUAAAAUGGGAACAUUUCUUGGAGCGGUUUACGUUUCACAUCGACAAGGUCAUCUUAAAACGAAAGAUAUUUCUUAAAAAGUAAAUGAUUGUAAUUGGAAAACGAAAAGUAUGCCUAAAAAUUUAUACAUGACUUGAUAAGUAUUUAAGAAUGUAUGUUCGUAGGUAGAUGAGAGAAAUUUACAUAUAUUUUUAAUAAUGAAAAUAGAAGUUUUUUAAUGAAAGCAGAAAACUAUUAAGAUUUCCCACAAUUUAUAUACAUACAUCAUAAGGUAACGUACAUAUAUAUAUAUAUAUAUUCGUAUUAUAGAUAAUUGAGAGGGACAAAUGCUGUAUCAUGUUUAGUACAUAUUACCGACGCUAUAUUAGCAAUCUUAUAUUGCCACAAAAUAAUGUAAUGAAUUAUGUAAUUUUUUUUUUUAUUUAACAUUUUACUGUAUAAUGUAGAGUCCAAUUAUGUUCAAUAAAAAUAACAUAUAAUAAAAAAACUAAAAGAUCUUCAUUUGAAACGCUGCAGCCAAAAUUAUCAAAAGUGUAAUUGCUACUAGAAAAUAAAUAGGAGAAGCUAUCUGCUUUAGUAGUUUGUAUUCUACUGAGCUUUUCGAUUCCACAAAAUACUGCGCAUAAAACUUUAUA